UUUGGCGUGGAAUAGUUGAACGUCGAGAGAGAGGGUCCACUCCAUGGCCGCCUCGGCUUCCACGGGGUUCUCGCACACUAGUUGGUUUUUGAUGCCUUUACACCUUGCGUGUGCCGUAGUGUUCAACGCGUCGAGGCUAUGUUUUAGAUACAGGUGAUACAGGGGAAUUCGAACGUGGUUUUUAGUACUGUUUUUUUUUUAAAGUGCCUGACUGUUUGUGUUUGAUUGUGGCGAUUGUUUUUAAUAUGGCGGUUCUCGUAUACUAGCGCAAAUAUCGUUACAGAAAUGAGUCUACAUCAGGUGUAACAUUAGCCGCAAAAAGAAUAUUGUUUACACCGCGAAUAAGCGCGCUGUUCUGUACUCGAUACACGUUGCAUGCGUAUCGAAUUGCAGAAUACCCACAGAUAUCUGGUUGUCUGUAUAUCUAGCGUUAUACGAGUAUACCGUAGUAGCGAGAAGAAUUUUUUCGGUUCCGUUUAUCGAAAACUAGUAGUCCAAAAUGAUGCCCAGGAACUCUUCGCCUAUCAUAGAGAAGGAAAUUCUGUGCACCUACCAGAUUAAAUUAGAGAGAGUUUUGGGCGUGACAGUUUCCAGCAACGCAGCUUUGACAUGUGAUAACAAUGGACUAAUAGCAUAUCCAGCAGGGUGUACAGUAGUUCUUUUUAACACCAGGACUGAACAACAGAGUCAUAUAAUCAACACUAGCCGAAAGACCAUCACAUCACUAGCGUUUUCAUCAUGUGGACGAUAUAUCGUAACAGGCGAGUGUGGACACCAACCGGCAGUCAGGGUAUGGGAUUUGCAAUCGGAUCCGCAGUCGGGCCACCCGGGCCUGGCACCGCAACCGCAGCAAGUCGCGGAAUUCCUGGGUCAUAAAUUUGGAGUCAACUGUGUGGCAUUUUCUCCUACGAGUAAGUACGUGGUUAGCGUAGGUACGCAACACGAUAUGAUAGUCAACGUUUGGGACUGGAAGAGCAACAUCAAGAUAGCCAGCAACAAAGUAAGCACGAAGGUUAAGUCCAUAGCUUUCGCAGAAAACGGGAGCUACUUUGUUACCGUCGGGAACAGGCAUGUCAAGUUUUGGUAUUUGGAACACGGAAAAGCUAAGUAUAAAGAAGCGGUACCUUUAAUGGGUCGUUCAGCGAUCUUAGGCGAACAGAGGAAUAACUAUUUCUGCGACGUGGCUUGCGGUAAGGCGAAUUGCGGGGAUAGCACCUACGCCAUCACAAGAUCGGGACUGCUCUGUGAAUUCAACAACAGAAGACUCUUAGAUAAGUGGGUAGAACUAAGGACGACAAGUGCCAACUGUAUAACCGUAGGUGAAAAAUACAUAUUUGUGGGAUGCGCCGAAGGUAUAAUAAGGUGUUUCGACCCUACCACCCUCAGGUUCAUCACGACGCUUCCUAGGAAUCACUAUUUAGGUGUAGACGUCAGUUUAGGAACGAGUAUACAGCAUAUGGCAACGCCGCCAAGUGACGCGAAAUAUCCAGAUACUGUAGCCAUAACGUUCGAUGAAACGAACAACAAAUUAACAUCCGUUUACAAUGAUCAUUCAAUAUACGUCUGGGACGUUUUCAAUAUACAGAGGGUCGGCAAGUCGUUUUCGUUCCUCUACCACUCGGCUUGCAUCUGGGGGGUAGAGAUGGCGCCGCCGAACAGCCCCCUGCCCCCCGGUAGCUUCCUGACCUGCAGCUCCGACGACACCAUCAGGGUUUGGACGUUGGACAAAAUGAACGAAAGCAAUUCCAGGGGAAUAUACCAACAAAACAUUUAUAGUAACGAGUUAUUGAAAGUUGUUUAUGUAGAUAAAGAGUUGUCGUUUAUUAAAGAUCUGGAUAUAUCCGGAACGAAUGAAAAGCAAGAAGCUUCGUCUUACGACGGGAGAAACGGCGUGAGGUGCAUCAGGAUAAGUCCCGAUGGGAAAAAUUUAGCUUCUGGAGAUCGGUCAGGUAAUAUCCGAAUUCACGACGCCGCCAACAUGAGAGAGGUCUGCAAAAUAGAGGCCCACGACUCGGAAGUACUCUGCUUGGAAUACUCGGAGAACAACCUCAGUCUAAUGGCUUCCGCCAGCAGGGACCGCUUGAUACACGUCUUCGAUACAAAGGACGGCUACGAGUUCCUUCAAACCCUGGACGAUCACUCGUCUUCUAUAACCGCUGUGCGGUUUUUGAAUCAUGGAGGAAACACGCAGAUGGUGUCCUGUGGCGCCGACAAAAGUUUGAUAUUUAGGUCCCUGGGCGAGCUGAAUGGAAAACCGCAGUUUACCAGGGCGCAUAACGCUACUGGCAAGACCACUUUGUACGACAUGGAGGUGGACACGGGUCAGAAACAUGUUUUGACGGCUUGCCAGGAUCGGAACGUCCGAAUUUAUAGCGUUAAUACUGGGAAACAUACGAAGAGCUUCAAAGGAAGUACCGGCGAUGAUGGGACUUUAAUCAAGGUUGUAUUGGAUAGGUCGGGAAUAUACCUCGCGACGUCUUGCACAGACAAAUCACUAUCCGUCUACGACUACUACUCGGGUGAAUGCAUGGCUACCAUGUGCGGUCACUCCGAAUUAGCCACCGGUCUCAGGUUCACGAAUGAUUGUCGAAGACUGAUUUCAGCCAGCGGCGAUGGGUGUAUCUUUGUCUGGCGAGUACCGCACGAUAUGGUUAUCACGAUGCACGCCAGGUUAAGCCAGCAGGCCAUGAGGCAGGGCAAGCAGUUGGAAAGCGAGGUGUUCAGCGAUGGAAGUACUUUCGACUUCUACGAUGGUAGUUCUAAUACUGUCGAUGCCAAUUAUAGGUUUAGUAUAGGUCAACUUCCUCAGUGGGCCAAGAAGCAAUUUACCGAAGAUACUAGUCAACCCCCUAGUCUUAGCAAAGGCGUGGCAGCUCCCAAAGGCAGGUGGGCCCAACGGGCAGAGACCGCCAUGGGCGUCAAAUCGUUUUAUUCACGAGACCCGUUCCCGUUCCCAUCGUUAGAAAGGAGAAUGGACUCGGACGGAGGCUCGAAGGAUAGUUCUCUGGACAGCGGCACGGAGGUGAAGCAGUACUCCGAGACUCGCAGGGAAACAACGUUGGUGUCGAAGAUAACGACGAGAAUAGAAAGCAGGAGAGGAAUAAUGACUGACGAUAGCGCGAUCGGAGAUGCCGAGUCCACGGCACAUGACGGGGAUAUCGAUUCCGAUGCCGAAUACAGACACCGUCCUAUUUAUUAUCCGUCACAAUCGGGAACCGCCAGUGUUGAUUUCAGCGGUACCGAAUUCACCGUUACAAACAUAGACGCAGACGAGUUAAGAAAAUCUCAGAGGAAGAAGAAGGCGCCUCAAAUAUUGAUUCAACAACCGUCGACUUACGGAAGCAACGAUUCUGAUGAUGACGAUGACGACGCUUCUACGCCUAGCGGGGAAAACACCGACCGCAAUCCGAUGUCGUUAUUCUCGGUCAGCUCGGAAUCGUUAGAUCAAAUUGUAAAUAGAGAACGAUAUCUGCAAUCGACGUUCGAAAGCAUGUCUGGAAUGGAGAACGAAAUGCAUACACCAACUAACAAAACAUCCAUAUCUGCCAAAUUCUUGACAAGAACUGGAGAUAGAAACGUCGAAGCUAUUAACGCUUUAAAACAGACCAAAAGCGAUCCCGAUGCAAUGAAGAAGAGACAAGAAUUGAACAAAAGGAUAGCAGAAACUAAGAAAAAAUUAGAAAGCGUCGGGCAUUCGUCUCCCCUGAAAUACAGCCAGUCGAUCCACGACCUCUCCCACAUCCCCGAACGAGACAGGUGGUCGAAAAAACAAGUCUAUUUGGAUGAAAGUUCGCCAGAUAGCAGUUUGCGUAGGUCGUGCAGCUUAAGCGAUUUGAGUAUGCAAAUACCCGUCGUACCGAAAAGAAAAAUCGAUCAAGUUUCAGGAAAGAGAAACACGAGCACGGUGUCUCGGAACAAUUCGAGAUAUGCCAAAAAUAACGCCAUAACACGGAGCAGGUCGAGCGGCAUGCUAAACCAGUCGGAUUCCGAUCCGGAAACGCAGGAAAAGAAAGUCUCUAGGCUGAUGCGACCUACGAUUAGUUCUCACAACAAAAUCAACAGUAAAAAUUUGCAGCAAAGUCGAAAGAAGCAUUCUUACUCUACGAGUAAUUUGAAUACCGUCGGUACGAUAGACAACAUAUCAACGUCGGACGAGGAGAUGCCCACCGCACCGCCUAGAAGUAGAAAUUACGACAGCGGCCAGCCAUCUAUAACACCCAGGAGGCACCUCAAUAACAAGGAUAAGUCUAGAGCUUCAAGGCACUCUAUUCAUUUUGACGACACUUUAACAAACGAAGAUAUUGACUCUAAUGAAAGUUUAUCGUCAAUAGAGAUGUCAAACCAAUUGUGUGACGACUUAAUAGACCAACUCACUACCACUGCAGAGAAAGUGGUAAAACUGUACGAUCGUCUCAACGAAAGCGACGACGGCAACGAAUCUCAAAUGGAAAGGAUAGACAGGGUGAAAAUGUCAAUGAUCCGCACCCACAAAAUCCUCCACGAUUGCAUUUUCAAGGAACUGAAACAAAACAACGGCAGUAUCGACGUCAACCAGACGGAUACCGUCAAGAAACUGAACGACCUGGUGUCGAAGGGUCCCAGCGGACCCAAUUCCGUCAUAAACAUUAUGGAACAGUAUUCCGAUAUAUUAUUGGAUAUGGUCCAACAGAAGAUACACAACGCUAAUAUUUGAUAUCCGUUGAGCGUCAACUUCGAGUUAAUAUGUUAACCUGUGAUUAUAUUUUUUAAAGUGUAUGUAUAUUUUGGUUUAAAGUGUUUUGGACACGUUUGAUUACCUAACGAUUUUUUUAAUUCGUUUCGAUGUAUUAUCGUUUUCGAUACAUUAGGGUUUUGUUGUACGAGUUGUAUACUUUUUAGAUAUUUGAGGACUGUUUACCUCAUUGAUGCAUUCCAAGUAUAUGGCUGUUAAAACGACUUGAACUGAACGAAUAAAAGCCAAAAGAGAUAUGGUUAAUACAGGGCGUUGCUUUCCGCGCCAUACUCGUAGCGCCAAAUUAGAUUGUAGCGGAUAAACGGAAUUUAUAAGGAAUUUUUUAAAUGUUACAUAACGGAAUUGUUAAGUUGUGCUUCCCCCUAAAAUGUACUAAUUUUGUAAAUUAUUUUUAUCGGUAGUGUUUGCAUAUAAUGUAUAAUUAUGUUGGAUAUAACAAAGUAAGAUUGUGAAUUGUUUUCUUUUUGUAUAGUUUAUUGUCACUUCGAUUCUAACUUUUUUAAUGUCCUUAGUGUGUAUGGAACCUGUCAAUUUUUUAUCAUAAGCUCAUAGUGUACACUAAAUAUUUGUAACCGUCAGACUGUAUUAAUUGUAAUUUCAUAAUAAAUAUCAUGAAGUACUUUCCCUAAUUAAA